AAGGGCUAUCCCAAACAGAGAAAACAAAGUGCGUCAAGAAUUUUUCUACGGCCGACAUUACAGUCGUAUUAUGGGAUAUUUUGAUAUUUUGUUGUGGAUGAUGAUUUAGAAGGACUAGAACAUCAAGAAAACAUUUGGAUCAUGACAUGACACCGGAAACGAAGUGGGAUCCCGAUAAUCUUUCGAGGACUCGGAAACCAGUUCAGCAAAACAUCUCGCAGUGUUUGUCCCUGUGCUUUGAAAGCUGGUGUGAAACGACAGAUGCCAGUUGACUCUGGAUGACAAUUAUAAUCAUCAAGUACUAGCUCAUGCAACGUGAGCGGUGCGAAUAACACGAAGAAGUGCUUUUCUCACCUGAAUGAAUAUUGCCUGAAAGUUGCCUCUACACAACCUAAACCUAAAUGAUGGAUUAAUUAACAUAAGAGGAUUCAUGCACGUUUACGUGAUACAUUUGAACAUAUAAACUGACAGUAGCAAACAAGCGUUGACCAUGCCUGGGAGGACCCUCCCGGUGAAUCCCAAACUUGCCGGCGUUCCCGAUGUGGAGAUCGGGGGCACUGGGGUGUUCAAGUACAUUCUGUGUAAGAUUUACGAAGGAGCAAAUACCACCGACUUUAAGUAUAUUGUGAGGGGGGCACCGAGUGCUGAAUUCCACGCGGACAUCUACGACGUGCUGGAUGCCCAGCUGGAGUCGGAGGGCAUCAUGUGCGAGUGUGUGGGAGGCGGUAAAAUCGAGCACGACCCAGACGCCAAAACUAUCAGGAUAUUUGGAAAAUCUCAGGGCUACGGCCGGGCCAACCACGAGGUGUCUAUGCAGAUCCUGAGGGUCAAGUUCCCCGCCUACCACAGCGUGAUGUGGACCAACGACUAGACUCUGCCCCACCCAGCUUACAUCUACGACAACGUGGGCAGUGGCUGGGCGUGUCCGUGGACAGCGUUUUGCUAGGUAGCUCAACUUGCUGUUUCGAAAACAAAGAUAUCACGUUGAACCUCCUUGAUGACACUUCCUGACUGACUUCCUUCAGUUUUUUAUAUACUUGCUGUUUCGAAAACAAAGAUGUCACGUAUAACCUCCUUGGUGACAGUUCCUGACUGACUUCCUACAAUUAUUUGAUGCAGAUCUAUCUGUAUAGGAUUCACAACACACUGUAUUCAGCGAGUUCGUGUCAUGAAUCGUUAAAACAAGUAGGUUACAUCCGAUAAACAAGGAGUCAUUAAACAAAGGCUGAUUUGUAUCUUUUGCGGCUGGUAAAUGUGUCGGACUGAUAGCUCGGUUUAUUGCCAACGUUCCGGGUAAAACGGGUUGCCAAAAUUUCCGAGGAAUAGUAAUUUAGGUCUUGGUCGAGUCUCCAAAUACCCAGUACCCAUGUGUGAGUAAGGUAUAGGUACCACCCGAGUACCCAAGUGUGAGUCGGGUGUGGUAUUUCCUGAGUACCUAAGUGGGAGUCAGGUAUAGGUACUACCCCAGAGUGACGAGUGACAGUGUCGGACUGUAUAAAUUAUCGCGCUUUAUGGAACGAGCCUUUGAUUCAUGUGGUAAAAUGGAACCUGUAGACUUGCAGACUGACGCUGUUGGCACAGUAGGAAGCGUGUUAGCAGACACGGGUUCGAUCUUUCCUUUACAAUACACGCGUGAGUGAUAUUUAUUCCUGCUAGAAGGGCAUGUGUAUGCAUAAGCCUGCAUUGUACAAGAAAAAAAUCAAAGGGUUCUUACAAUUACAAUCUCAUUAAAAUCAGAUCUGUUACUUCAAUACGAUACCUCUCUGCCUGAAGAUCUGAGGACACCUCUAUAGAAGGUCACGUCAGGGGAACUGUCUAAUCAGCCAAUCGGCGCCAAGGCUUCAGCAUUCUUGGUAAGAGUGAGCGAAACAUUCAGAACAACAUGUGCGAUUUCUAGAUCUCGAAAACGAAUAUAACCGGGGACUUCCGACUGCCAUUCUUAAAGCCGCGCUAUUUUGUUUUGGAUAUUUAAUAUAGCUGUCGUUUUUUAGCAACGUGGCAUUCAAGCAUAAAAGGGAUUACGAUCGAGGGAAUAUUUGUGUUCUGUUUAGUUUUUCAUUUGUAAGAAUAUACAUUUCCAAUAUAAGGUGGUAAAUAAGUUUUGAUAGUUGACAUCUGAUUGGCUCAAGAACCCGCGCAUCUUUCAUUCAGAUUGGGCAGUCAAAGUUCGCUAAUGCAGGUUCACCUGACCCGAACUUCUCUGCUGAUCUUGACACAGAGCGGUAUCGUAUCGGAGUAAAAGAUCUGAUUUUAAUUGUAAUAGUUUAAUUGUAGUUCAUCGGAUUCCUUUACCAGGAUGAUUCGAAUCACGAAGUGUUUGUAGUCCUUUAUAUUUCUACUUCAUUUCAACAACUUAUUAGAUGCUAUUAUUUCUACAGUUGGUUCCUUUCCCAUGUGGGGGCACCGGUUGCCCAGUCGUCUAGGGCGCCGCGAUUCGCUGUGCAGAGUUGCGUCCCUUGGGCACGCCAGAAACCUAUGAUUGUGGGUUCGAAUCCCGGUUCGCCCCGAUUAUGUUUCUAGGUUUGUCAGCACCAUACCGGUACUCGUGGGUUUCACCGAAGUGUUAAACGUCUAAGACCUGCAUCACUUCAGGCUUUUCUCCAACAUUAAACUGACACGCCGUGAAUUAACUGGAAUACUGUUAAAAGCGGCGUUAAACCCAACUCACUCACUCACUCACUCACUCCUUUCCCAUGUCCACCUGAAGAAAGAUAGGUUCAAGCCCCACGUGGUUUGUAAUCUGCUUCAAUAAUCACGGGGAGGUUUUAGUAGCAGGGACAAAUAAUCUAUUUAAUGAGGCCUCGUAGAGAGGAAAGGAAAUCCUGUUCUAGAUCUAUGCAUAUCCAGUUUUGGAGUGUUGUUUAUCUUCUUCUUUUUCCAUUUUCAUGUUGAGUGUUUUCCUUUCAUUUUCGCAGCUUCUGUCGCGUUGUUUAAAUAAUUGUUGAGUGGUGUGCAGUUCAUUAAUCAGCUGAUUCACUGUAAAACGACCUGUCCUCGUAAUUUGUAAAACGUCAAUACCAGUUUAUAUUCAGGGAACGCUGUUGUCUGCCAAUAUCCGUACACGUUUAUACAGGAGCUGAUAAUGCUAAAUGAAGCCACUCUAGAUUUGCUCCGAUGAUCAGGGUAAUAAUAUGUGGUACGCUUUUAACACGUUUGCAUGUAUGGCGUCUGGUCAAUGGUUUUUAGUUAUUUAUUUGGUAGUAGUAGUAGUAGUAGUAGUAGUAGUAGUAGUAGUAGUAGUAGUAGUAUUACUGUGCCAAAGGUGUUCGGUAUAUAUCAGCUGCUGUCACUACUAAGGAAAACUAGUAUACUAAAUACACUAUUUUAUGUUCAUCAUUAACUGAUUUUUUUAAAAUCAGAAUUCAAAGAUGAACAUAUCUGUCCUUUCUGCCUUAUACAUAUCUUUUAUUUGACAUAUUUGUAUUUCUUGCGAUUUCUUUGAUACUUAACAUCUAUGGCUAUAACUGACAGUUAUUUUGAAGGCAAUGCAUGUGCUGGAGAUGGCUGCCAUAUCCGCCUGGUCUAAUAUAGGCGUUUGUGCCUGGUAUGGGUGUCUGUGUAAAUAUAUGCAUACACUAAACGUAGUGUUAUAACACAACUAACGAACACCUUCUGCGGAAGCUCCAGUAAUUUAACAGUUGUGAGGAAAUUGCUUUUGACAUGAUUUGGUUAAAAUAUACUUAUGUAUGGGCACAAUUACAAACAUGCGCCCACAAACCUUUUGAUGAUAUGAAUUACUUAAUAAAUAUCUUAUGAAUCAACAGGUUAUCAAGUAUGUCCCAAGUAUAAAAUAAAACAAGCCUCUUCAUCGCCAAUAGAUUUUAGGUUCAAAACGGGGGCGUUCUGGAGAAACAGGCGGAAUUACUGACAAGAGUUGCGUCCCAUACCUGCCAGUUUUCACAGGAAACAAACACCUAUUGAUAUGACAACGAUGCUGCACUUGUUUACUUCCCCGAUUGUUGAAACAAACAAUUUAAAUGAUUGAGUAAGGACACGAAACCACUAUUGAUACUACAAAAAGCAAUAAUACAUAUGUAAUACUCAAGCGGUGAUUAUGACUUCAAUGUAAGCGGCUAUUGUGGCUUGUCCUGUGUAAUUAGCUUGUCUCAUGUAUAUGUUAGAUUUAAUACUUACAAAUUACACCAGAGCCCUCUCCGACGCAGAAAUAUUGUUUCGGUAAAAUUUAGUUUUUAUUAAUAUGUACCGUACAAAACAUCAAAAUUGGCUUGAAUCUCUUUGGUAAACAGUAAUAUAGAACCUCUCUAGUACACAGCAUUAUAGAAGCACCUUGACCGGGCUUGAUAGUGCGCUGUGACUGACCCUUUUCGUGAAGGUUUCAGUGUUUUUGGCCAUUUUCUUAUCUUAGGAACGUUUCCACAAUUGGAAAUUGGUUCCCGUUUUGAGGAACUUUUGAGAUUAAAUAAUACAAAAUAAAAUAUUUCUGAAAUGUCCGUAUUAUGAAAUCGUUAAGUUCUGCAACUGGCGAGCUUUUCAAUAUUUUUAUUUCUUGUUGUUGCUGGAGACUGCUGAUAUUAGCUUGUUAAUUAUGUGUGUUUAUUUUUGAAUAAAAAAGAGAUAUUUUCCUGUC